AUGGAGGCUGUAAUCAGUGAUAGUAGCUCGUGGGUGAUAAAGAAAAUCUUCAACUUAAGAGAGCACAUUCCAAACUUGAAGCCAGUUUUGGAUCACAUGAUUCAAAAGAGGACUUUUAGUAUGAAACGCAUGUAUGAUAAGAUGGUGGACUCGGAUAAGGUACCUUGGAGACAUCUAUUAAAAGGUAAUUGUGCUAGACCUAGGGCUUCUAUCAUUACAUGGAUGGCCUGCUAUGGCAGACUGGGUACAAAGGACAGACUGAUACGUUUUGGAUUGAUAAUUGAACACGAGUGUAGCGUGUGCAAAGAGGUUGAUGAAACUCUGGACCAUCUUUUGUUUGAUUGCAGGUUUGCUAAAGAUGUGUGGAAGCAUGUACUGUUGUGGUUAGGCAUAACACAUGAGCCUCAACCUUGGUCUAUUGAGAUUGGGUGGAUUAUGCAUAUGAUUGCUAAAAAAGGACGGAGAUACAAGAUACUAAAGGUUGCAGUGGCUGAAACUGUAUAUGGUAUAUGGCAAUAUAGAAAUGAAGUAAUUUUUGGAAAGUAUACUCAUAGGAAUACUAGCAUAGAUAUUGGAGAAAGAAUUAUAGAGAAAGUGAUGUAUAGAGGGUGGUAUUCGACCAAAUUAAGGAAGCACGUAGUUACCUUGAUGCUUUAG